AUGAUUUCAUAUAAUGCUGGUAUUCGCGUCGUCCAGCUGGUCUUCGGCCUCGUCAUCUUCAGUCUAUCUCUCAGUCUUGCAAGGGGGCAAGUGAUCGAGUCUAUACCGUCUGAGACUAUCUAUGCAGCUUUCGCUGGCGGUCUCGGUAUCGUAGCCGCACUGCUUGGCAAUGCUGCUAUCUCGGAGACCUCUUUUAAUGGUCCCCUUCUUUGGAUUGUGGACGGUGUUACUGGCCUGGCACUAUUUGCUGGUGGUGUUGUGAGUAUCCCUUACGUGAUCUUUGCUGUUCGACUGCAUGGAACUAGAUGCUCGAGCUGGCUUACCACUUAUCAAAAUGUUCUGCUCAGCGGCGGCUGCGAGUACGAAGAUCUAGGAACUCGCUCAAAUUGCUGGUAUGACAGUGCGCACUUAAAAUCUAGGUGUGCCGCCGCUACUGCGGAUACUGUCUUCAUGUUCUUGACUUUUAUUGUGUGCAUCGGUGCUCUCGUCACCACAGACAGAGGAACGAGUCGCGGCUGGAGGCCUGUCUGGCACAAGCAAAUGUCGGAGGUGAAAUUGGAAAAAUAG